AUUUUUAAAUUGAAUGAAAAAGGUACAGGUUAUAUGCGAAUUAAUUAUAAUUUAAUAAUACGAAAUAAAUUAGCAUUUAAAAAUAUUCAAAUAUAAAGGUUUAUAAUCAAUUAAGAUAUCAUUUACUUAGCUAAGAGUGUUUUUAAGUAGAAGUGGCAAAAUAUAAAAGUUAAAUUUAAAUUUAAAAUGAAGAAUCAUUUUUGCAGUAUUUUAGUGAUUUGCCAUCUUGUAUUGGCAGGUUCUGUCUAGGCUUUAAAUGUCUUUACAUACAAUUCUAACAAAGAAUAAACUAAUGUUAUUUUAAACAAUUAAAUUUAAGGGUCUUGGGAUUAUAAACCAAGCAAUGGGCAUACUUGCAGGCCUGCACCAACUGUUAUAGAAAGAGCUGAUGUUAAUUAAAGGUUUUUUACAAUUUAAAAUAGCGAAGAGUAUGACAUACAAGCCUCUUUUACUGUAAAAAAAUAUGAUACUUAAUUGAUGGAUGUUUAAAUAACUCAACAAUUUUCUCUGAUUAAAGCUGGAGAUAAGAAAGAAAUACUUGUAGAUUACAAUUGCAAGUAUCCUAAUAAUGAUGAAAAAGAAACAUGGGGAAGAGUUGAAUUUAAUGUUUAGACUUAGAAUGUAAAUGAAGCUUAACAAAUUUUUUAUUCUAUUUCAUUACUGAAAAUAUGCGAAAUGCCUCCUAAUAAGUAUGAUUAUUCAAUAUUUAUCCUAAUGGCUGCAUCUGUGCUUAUGGUAGCUAUAGGCGCUUAUUAGAUAGAAAGUCCAAUUGUUGUUGAGGAUUAGGAGUAAACUCAAGAAGUUUCAAAGAGACACGCAGUAUUCUUCAUUUUAGGAGGUUCGUUCUUCUUAAUAGUAAUGUUCUUCCUAUAUGAAUAUAUUUAACUAAUUAUAACUGUUAUGAUUUUGCUCUCAGCCUAUUCUGCAAUAUCACUCCUUUGUAAUGAAAUUCUUGAAAAAAUUGCUGAGUAAAAGUAAAUACAUAACCACGAAUUCGAAUUACCUCUCUUAGGAAAACUUAAUGUCUCCUAUUGCAUUUCAGCAAUUUUUGCACUAAGCAUAGUCUUGACAUAUGCAUUUACCAAAAAUUGGCUUCUAUCAAAUUUCAUAGCUUUUUCAAUUGUUAUGCUCAUGUUUAAAGUUAUUAGACUUCCUUCAUAUAUGGUAGCACUACUAUUGUUAGGAUUAGCAUUUAUAUACGAUAUAUUCUGGGUAUUUUAUAGUGAUAAAAUUUUCGGAACUUCAGUUAUGGCUAAUGUAGCUACCAAAGUGGAAUUGCCUAUGAUGUUUUACUGUCCUAAGAUAAAUCCUUCUCCAAUUUAAUCGUGCUCUUUAAUUGGUUUAGGCGAUAUAGUUCUUCCAGGAAUAUUCGUUUCUUUCUGUCUGAAUUUUAGCAAGAGGGUGCAUUCUAACAAUCAUUAUUAUUUAACAUGCUUAGGUGGAUAUAUAUUGGGUAUUGCUAUUUGUGUCAUUUGUUUAACAGUUUAUCAGUCUGCACAACCAGCACUUCUAUAUCUGUCACCAUGCACGUUGAUUCCAGUGGCAAUACAUGCUUUGAUUAAAAAAGAGUUCUCAUUUAUAUGGAGUGGAAUUGAAAACAUGUCUUCUGACCAAAUAAAUUUAAACCAAAAUUAAAAAGAAUAGUUUGAGCAGCUGGAAUUAGGAAACGAUGACUAACAAAAGCACAAACAAUUUUGAGAGAAAAUAAAAUAAAUAAAUAGUUAGUUUUUUAUUGAUUAAUCAGUCAACUAUCCUUAAAAUCUCUAUUUCAACACAACAGAAUAAAAAUGAUUAAUUGAAUUAAAAAAUAAAAAAUAAAAAAAUUUUAUCAAAAAAUUAAAAAAUACUACUAUUAUUAAUUAAAGUAACUGCUGACUUCUAUAUAAUAUCUCUAUUUUUUUACUGUUUCAUUGAAAAAUAUUAUUUUUCUACUUGUUUA